AAAAAAAGGAAGAGAAGAAAAAAUGACGUCUUCUCAAGUCCAAAUGGGUUCUGCCCAUUUCGGUUGCGUUCUCAGGGAUCAGAAUUGGCGUCACAGAGACAAAGAAAGAGAAAACAAUAACAACGUUCGAGCCCAGCAGCAGGUGUCGUUCGAGAAGAACCUCAAGGUCUUGGUGAGGGAUCACCUCCAUUCCCGCAUUGCCCUCUCUGGCUCCAGAGACUCCGUCUCUGUUUCUAAUGAAUAUUCUGAGAAUCAGAACGACAAUCGGGGGAAGAACGAACACAAUUUUAUGCCUCUUAUGCAUGAAGAAGCGCAGGUUGAGGAUGAGUCUACGCCCCUGGCGAGGAAGCAAUCACGGGUAAUUGAUCGGUGGGCUACCCGUCAGGCACGGGAGAUCAUCACCACCAUGGAGAGGCAGACCCAUGAGGCGGAGCUCAUGGCCCUCUCCAAUUCUCACCCUGUUUCGACGGUGGCAUCGACGUUCCUGGUAGAUAGUCCCCGAUGCAUAGAGAGCCCUUGUGCUCCAUCGGAGAGCUCCGUUGAUCUUCCCAAUCUGCACACUUCUUCCCUUGUUCAAAUGUGGAGAGAGUUCGAGGCAGAAUCCAAGCUGACAUCAGGAAACCACGGCAGCUUCAAUUCAAAUUCAACGAUUAGCAGUGGUGAUAGGCUCAAUUCUGGAACCAGCAAUAUUGAUAAUGCCUCCUCCGUGGAAGACCCAUCUCCACGCUCUGAGGUUUGUGAUUCUGGAGACGAAAGAUUUGAGAAUCCGCUGGCUCACGAAGACUCAUUUGCAGACUCGGAGUCCGAACAGAACACUCCAAGGGAACAGCUUUCGUCAUCGCAGGUCCGGCGAGUUUCGGAUGUUAGAGAAAGCGAGAGACUCAGAGUGGCAGAUAUCAUUAGAAGACUGACUUUAGGAAAACCAAUAAAAACUCGUUGUUCAAUGAUCUCUUCGAUCGAUGAAACUGAUCGGGAGCAGCCCACCGUGAUUGACCCUGUACCGGAACAAGGAGGAGAACAGAGGAGGGGCUUCGUGAUUGCUGGCAAGAGCCCCCGUGUCAGAGGGCGGCAAGCGAUGAUGAAUUUGCUAAUGCAAAUGAAACGUGAAAGGCAGAGGGAGCUCAAUGAACUGGCGGAACGCGGGGCAGUAUCGCGAUUCCCACAACGAGGACGCAUCCAGUCGAUGCUUAGGCUCAGAUUCCUACAACGGGUAGUUGCUUCUCAAGAUCAACAGCGUCCACCUUCAGCGGCAUCUGAACUGGAUAGAUUACAGCAAGGAACUAGCAUAUUGGCACUAAGGCAAAAAUUCAGUCCUAACCGAGAUGCUGGAGAUGUCCAUGGUGAAGCAUCUGGAGAUAGCUCCAAUUCUCACACACAGCUACCAAAUAACGCCACCGAUUCAGAAUAUUCUGGUACUUCCAAUCGGCUCAUGAAUGAAGAAGUUCAUCAACAGGUAGCUAGAAUUGAGCAAGAAAGCACACCCCCAGUACACCACUUAAUACCUUCUACUAGUGAAGAUCUGCAAGAAGCAGAUCAGAGUUCAGAUCGUGCAUGGCAAGGAAGAAGCUUAGUGGUUAGCGAUCUUGUCCAAGAAGGAAGUAUAAACACUGCAACAACCUCACGUGAUUUGAAAGGGAGUGGAGCAACAGAAGAACCAGAGACGGAUACACAACAGCUUGCUGGAUCCACUAAUGGAACCUGGCUAGGUGAUGUUUCUCACUCACAAAAUUGGAGACAUUCUAGGCAAGCAUGGUACGAGGAUGUGGUUGAUAAUAACUCUGAAGAUGGGGAUAGGAAUGUUGUAAUGGCAGAACAAGAAUCUGAUAUGCAGCAGCUUGCAGGUUCCACUGAUAGAAGCUGGCUAGCUGAUGGUGCCUGCCCACAAACAUAUUGCAGAGAGCAAUCAUGGUACCAGAAUGUGCUUGAGAAUAAUUCAGAAGAUGGAGAAGGGAAUGUAGUAACAGAUGAACCAGAUCCUGAUUCUGAGCAUCUUGACGGAUCCAUUGGUGGAAUCUGGCAAGGUAAUGUUUCUCGCCCACCUAGAGAUUGGAGGCGUUCCAGGCAAGAAUGGUACCAAGAAAUGCUCGAGAACAGUUCAGAAAAUGGGGAAAUUCGACAGCUGCUUCAGAGAAGAAGUGUAUCAAAUUUCCUUGCCAGUGACUUGAGGGAGACAAUGGACCAAAUGAUCAAGUCUUGCUUACAAAGACAAAGUCAUCAGCCAGAAAGUGUAGGAGGAGAAGAGAAUUUUUUUGAGCAUCCAUAUCCGGGAGCAAGUGAUUCUUCUUAUCAUUUUGCAUCUACAUCAUUUAACCUACCUUUGUCUACUUCAUACAACCUCCCUUUACCAUCUCAGCUGAGAAUGCAGAAUUGGUAUCAAGAUCUUGAAGUCAUGGAUAAUUCUGAUCAAGUUGCCUCGACAUCAUUACAAUCAUUCCCAUCUCACUGCCAAGACAAGCUGCAGUCCUCUAUUAAUCAUCCUUCUCUUGAAAUGGAUCUCAUAUACGAUUUGAGAGGACAUAUGCUACAGCUUCAUAAUGAAAUAUCUGAACUGCGAAAAUCAAUGGAGAACUGCAUGGACAUGCAGAAUAAGUUACAACACUCUAUUAAGAAGGAGGUCUCCACUGCUGUUUAUCAUUCAGUUCCUGGACGAGAGGCAACAGAAUUGUUCAAUUGGUUACCAAUAAGAAAAGGGAAGUGUUGUAUCUGCUAUGAAAUGCAGGUUGACUCACUUUUGUACAGAUGUGGGCACAUGUGCACCUGUUUCAAGUGUGCCCAUGAGUUGCAGUGGAGCAGUGGGAGAUGUCCGAUAUGCCGAGCUCCAAUAUUGGAUGUUGUGCGGGCAUACUCCAACUCCUAGAGUGGUGGAGAAACAGGUCCCUGGUCUGGAGGACCAUAUAUUUUUGACAAAAAUCGAAUUAAUUUAAUCUGAGAUAGACAAUGGAUGUUGAUAUGUUAAGCAGCCAGUUUAACAUAUCAAAACAUGUUUAAUGCUGGCUAAUGUUAUUUAUGUUUUGUACAGUGCGGAAUAUUGUAUAUGCAAGAAUCGAAUUUCCCCGGUUCUCCCUCCGAAAGCAAAUACAUACUCUGUAGAGUUUGAGAAUAAAUGAAACUGCAUACAUUGUUUGUUGA